AUGUCCACCGCUCUCCCGCCCCACCCACCCGCGCCCACCGCGCCCGUCGUCGUUCUCGCCAACGCCGCGGCUCUCGCUGCCCGCGACGCCGACGCCGGCGCGCCCUCCUUCGACGCCCUCCUCCAUCAGCUUCGCCAGGAGGUCGCUCGCGUCCUCGACCUCCCCCUGGACGCCCGCCACAAGGAGGAGCAGGCUCUCCUCUCCCUCGCAAAUCGCGCACUCGCUCGCUACCCCUCCCCCGACAAGUCUGCCAUUCCCCCGCCCCUCCUCCAAAUAGACGCCUACCAACGGGCACCCAAGUCCGCCGAGUCUCUCUCAAAAUACCUCAGCGCCCGCCGCGCCCUCCUCGCGCUCGAUCCCGACGACCCUAUGGACGGCGGUGACAAAGACGCCAUCGGCGAGCCCGCGCACGACUCCCUAGACGCCGGUAGGGACUCUGACGAGGACGCGAUCGGCUCAGAGCACCCCAGGAGCCCUAGCCUUCGCCCCUCCGACAGUCCCCUCGCCGUUCAUCGCCAGCUCGAGCCUCGCCUCCCCACCCCCACCCCAUCCUCCCCUCGCCCUACCUCCGGCACCGCGGGCAACACCACCGGUGAGCUCGCGCUUCCGCCUUAUCAAUUCCGCAACCGCGCCAACCCGUUCCCCACCAAAGCUGUCUCCAGUCCCGAGCCUCGCAGCACCGCCAGUGCGCCCCCGCGCGGAGGGCAGGCCUCAGACGAGAAGAAGCCUGCUGCGCCCCCUGAUUCGGUGGACCACACCUUCAAAGGCGACGAAAGAUGCAGCAACUGCAUUUCGCGCAACAACCCAAUCUGCAUCGUCAACAGCAGCCGCCAGCGCUGCGACUCCUGCUUCGUCAAGAGGCACCGUUGUUCCAAAGUUCUCACGCCUCCGUCCCGUCCCUCGCGGGAGAGCAACUCCACCAGCAACAACGGUGGUAGUGUCAACAAGACCGCGUCCACCUCAAAGGGCAAAGCCGCUGGAGACGCGCCCGCCACCACCAACGGCGAGAGCGCUAGCGCGCGUGGCCCCAAACGCAAGCGCCCCGCCGCUGAUGCGGAGGAGGACACUAAGCGUCCGGAGCCCGCCAAACGCCCCGUGCGCCCUCAGCGGCCCACCACCACUGCGCCCAUCGCCAGUACCUCAGCAUCCGCGUCGGCCCCGCCUGCGCGUGCGCCCGCGCCGAAGCGCGAGAAGCCCCCGGCCCCCAAUGGCGUCGGGGUCGCGGCCACGAGCGCGUCCGCGGGGCCGAACGCCCUCGCUGCCCUCGCGGCUUCAGCCUCGCGCGCCCCGCGUGCGCCGGUGAACGCACAGGCGCCGGCGGGCACGCGGCAGCAGCAGUACCUCGACAAAUUGCAGGUCAUCGCGGGCAUCCUGGAGAUGGUGCAGAACUCGGUCAAGGACCUCCAGGACCAGAUCAAGGCGGACAGCGCGGUCCGGCGUUGA